AUGUUUCAGACGUGCACAGGUGUGUCAAUUCUCGCGUUACACGCACAAAUCGGCCUGUACGAGGAGGAGCGGGUAAAGCUGUACCAGCAAUUGGACGAGAAGGACGACGAGAUCCAGAAGGUGUCGCAGGAGCUCGAGAAGCUCCGACAACAGGUGCUUCUGCAAGAGGAGGCACUGCAGACGAUGCGCGAGAACGAGGAGAUCAUCCGCGAAGAGAACUCGCGCAUUCAGAGAGAGGCCGACGACAAGCAGCAGGAGGGCAAGGAGAUGAUGACGAAGAACAGGGCGAAGAAAAGUCAAGAAACUUCCCACUCUUGAUGCAAGCAGUGACUGCCACUUUUCGAAGUGUCAGUCAUUAGGAUCUGAUAGAGUAGGAGGAGGCGCAUUCCGCCGAGCACUUUGUGAGUUUGCAAGCAGAAUAAGAACCAUAACAAUUGAAUGUUUCAGACGUGCACAGGUGUGUCAAUUCUCGCGUUACACGCACAAAUCGGCCUGUACGAGGAGGAGCGGGUAAAGCUGUACCAGCAAUUGGACGAGAAGGACGACGAGAUCAGAAGGUGUCGCAGGAGCUCGAAGCUCCGACAACAGGUGCUUCUGCAAGAGGAGGCACUGCAGACGAUGCGCGAGAACGAGGAGAUCAUCCGCGAAGAGAACUCGCGCAUUCAGAAAGAGGCCGACGACAAGCAGCAGGAGGGCAAGGAGAUGAUGACGAAGAACAGGGCGAAGAAAAAGUCAAGAAACUUCCCACUCUUGAUGCAAGCAGUGACUGCCACUUUUCGAAGUGUCAGUCAUUAGGAUCUGAUAGAGUAGGAGGAGGCGCAUUCCGCCGAGCACUUUGUGAGUUUGCAAGCAGAAUAAGAACCAUAACAAUUGAAUGUUUCAGACGUGCACAGGUGUGUCAAUUCUCGCGUUACACGCACAAAUCGGCCUGUACGAGGAGGAGCAGGUAAAGCUGUACCAGCAAUUGGACGAGAAGGACGACGAGAUCCAGAAGGUGUCGCAGGAGCUCGAAGCUCCGACAACAGGUGCUUCUGCAAGAGGAGGCACUGCAGACGAUGCGCGAGAACGAGGAGAUCAUCCGCGAAGAGAACUCGCGCAUUCAGAGAGAGGCCGACGACAAGCAGCAGGAGGGCAAGGAGAUGAUGACGAAGAACAGGGCGAAGAAAAAGUCAAGAAACUUCCCACUCUUGAUGCAAGCAGUGACUGCCACUUUUCGAAGUGUCAGUCAUUAGGAUCUGAUAGAGUAGGAGGGAGGCGCAUUCCGCCGAGCACUUUGUGAGUUUGCAAGCAGAAUAAGAACCAUAACAAUUGAAUGUUUCAGACGUGCACAGGUGUGUCAAUUCUCGCGUUACACGCACAAAUCGGCCUGUACGAGGAGGAGCGGGUAAAGCUGUACCAGCAAUUGGACGAGAAGGACGACGAGAUCAGAAGGUGUCGCAGGAGCUCGAAGCUCCGACAACAGGUGCUUCUGCAAGAGGAGGCACUGCAGACGAUGCGCGAGAACGAGGAGAUCAUCCGCGAAGAGAACUCGCGCAUUCAGAGAGAGGCCGACGACAAGCAGCAGGAGGGCAAGGAGAUGAUGACGAAGAACAGGGCGAAGAAAAGUCAAGAAACUUCCCACUCUUGAUGCAAGCAGUGACUGCCACUUUUCGAAGUGUCAGUCAUUAGGAUCUGAUAGAGUAGGAGGGAGGCGCAUUCCGCCGAGCACUUUGUGAGUUUGCAAGCAGAAUAAGAACCAUAACAAUUGAAUGUUUCAGACGUGCACAGGUGUGUCAAUUCUCGCGUUACACGCACAAAUCGGCCUGUACGAGGAGGAGCAGGGUAAAGCUGUACCAGCAAUUGGACGAGAAGGACGACGAGAUCCAGAAGGUGUCGCAGGAGCUCGAAGCUCCGACAACAGGUGCUUCUGCAAGAGGAGGCACUGCAGACGAUGCGCGAGAACGAGGAGAUCAUCCGCGAAGAGAACUCGCGCAUUCAGAGAGAGGCCGACGACAAGCAGCAGGAGGGCAAGGAGAUGAUGACGAAGAACAGGGCGAAGAAAAGUCAAGAAACUUCCCACUCUUGAUGCAAGCAGUGACUGCCACUUUUCGAAGUGUCAGUCAUUAGGAUCUGAUAGAGUAGGAGGGAGGCGCAUUCCGCCGAGCACUUUGUGAGUUUGCAAGCAGAAUAAGAACCAUAACAAUUGAAUGUUUCAGACGUGCACAGGUGUGUCAAUUCUCGCGUUACACGCACAAAUCGGCCUGUACGAGGAGGAGCAGGGUAAAGCUGUACCAGCAAAUUGGACGAGAAGGACGACGAGAUCCAGAAGGUGUCGCAGGAGCUCGAGAAGCUCCGACAACAGGUGCUUCUGCAAGAGGAGGCACUGCAGACGAUGCUCGAGAACGAGGAGAUCAUCCGCGAAGAGAACUCGCGCAUUCAGAAAGAGGCCGACGACAAGCAGCAGGAGGGCAAAGGAGAUGAUGACGAAGAACAGGGCGAAGAAAAGUCAGAAACUUCCCACUCUUGAUGCAAGCAGUGACUGCCACUUUUCGAAGUGUCAGUCAUUAGGAUCUGAUAGAGUAGGAGGGAGGCGCAUUCCGCCGAGCACUUUGUGAGUUUGCAAGCAGAAUAAGAACCAUAACAAUUGAAUGUUUCAGACGUGCACAGGUGUGUCAAUUCUCGCGUUACACGCACAAAUCGGCCUGUACGAGGAGGAGCAGGGUAAAGCUGUACCAGAAAUUGGACGAGAAGGACGACGAGAUCCAGAAGGUGUCGCAGGAGCUCGAGAAGCUCCGACAACAGGUGCUUCUGCAAGAGGAGGCACUGCAGACGAUGCUCGAGAACGAGGAGAUCAUCCGCGAAGAGAACUCGCGCAUUCAGAAAGAGGCCGACGACAAGCAGCAGGAGGGCAAGGAGAUGAUGACGAAGAACAGGGCGAAGAACAGUCAAGAAACUUCCCACUCUUGAUGCAAGCAGUGACUGCCACUUUUCGAAGUGUCAGUCAUUAGGAUCUGAUAGAGUAGGAGGGAGGCGCAUUCCGCCGAGCACUUUGUGAGUUUGCAAGCAGAAUAAGAACCAUAACAAUUGAAUGUUUCAGACGUGCACAGGUGUGUCAAUUCUCGCGUUACACGCACAAAUCGGCCUGUACGAGGAGGAGCGGGUAAAGCUGUACCAGAAAUUGGACGAGAAGGACGACGAGAUCCAGAAGGUGUCGCAGGAGCUCGAGAAGCUCCGACAACAGGUGCUUCUGCAAGAGGAGGCACUGCAGACGAUGCUCGAGAACGAGGAGAUCAUCCGCGAAGAGAACUCGCGCAUUCAGAAAGAGGCCGACGACAAGCAGCAGGAGGGCAAGGAGAUGAUGACGAAAGAACAGGGCGAAGAACAGUCAAGAAACUUCCCACUCUUGAUGCAAGCAGUGACUGCCACUUUUCGAAGUGUCAGUCAUUAGGGAUCUGAUAGAGUAGGAGGGAGGCGCAUUCCGCCGAGCACUUUGUGAGUUUGCAAGCAGAAUAAGAAUCAUAACAAUUGAAUGUUUCAGACGUGCACAGGUGUGUCAAUUCUCGCGUUACACGCACAAAUCGGCCUGUACGAGGAGGAGCGGGUAAAGCUGUACCAGAAAUUGGACGAGAAGGACGACGAGAUCCAGAAGGUGUCGCAGGAGCUCGAGAAGCUCCGACAACAGGUGCUUCUGCAAGAGGAGGCACUGCAGACGAUGCUCGAGAACGAGGAGAUCAUCCGCGAAGAGAACUCGCGCAUUCAGAAAGAGGCCGACGACAAGCAGCAGGAGGGCAAGGAGAUGAUGACGAAAGAACAGGGCGAAGAACAGUCAAGAAACUUCCCACUCUUGAUGCAAGCAGUGACUGCCACUUUUCGAAGUGUCAGUCAUUAGGAUCUGAUAGAGUAGGAGGGAGGCGCAUUCCGCCGAGCACUUUGUGAGUUUGCAAGCAGAAUAAGAAUCAUAACAAUUGAAUGUUUCAGACGUGCACAGGUGUGUCAAUUCUCGCGUUACACGCACAAAUCGGCCUGUACGAGGAGGAGCGGGUAAAGCUGUACCAGAAAUUGGACGAGAAGGACGACGAGAUCCAGAAGGUGUCGCAGGAGCUCGAGAAGCUCCGACAACAGGUGCUUCUGCAAGAGGAGGCACUGCAGACGAUGCUCGAGAACGAGGAGAUCAUCCGCGAAGAGAACUCGCGCAUUCAGAAAGAGGCCGACGACAAGCAGCAGGAGGGCAAGGAGAUGAUGACGAAGAACAGGGCGAAGAACAGUCAAGAAACUUCCCACUCUUGAUGCAAGCAGUGACUGCCACUUUUCGAAGUGUCAGUCAUUAGGAUCUGAUAGAGUAGGAGGGAGGCGCAUUCCGCCGAGCACUUUGUGAGUUUGCAAGCAGAAUAAGAACCAUAACAAUUGAAUGUUUCAGACGUGCACAGGUGUGUCAAUUCUCGCGUUACACGCACAAAUCGGCCUGUACGAGGAGGAGCGGGUAAAAGCUGUACCAGAAAUUGGACGAGAAGGACGACGAGAUCCAGAAGGUGUCGCAGGAGCUCGAGAAGCUCCGACAACAGGUGCUUCUGCAAGAGGAGGCACUGCAGACGAUGCUCGAGAACGAGGAGAUCAUCCGCGAAGAGAACUCGCGCAUUCAGAAAGAGGCCGACGACAAGCAGCAGGAGGGCAAGGAGAUGAUGACGAAGAACAGGGCGAAGAACAGUCAAGAAACUUCCCACUCUUGAUGCAAGCAGUGACUGCCACUUUUCGAAGUGUCAGUCAUUAGGAUCUGAUAGAGUAGGAGGGAGGCGCAUUCCGCCGAGCACUUUGUGAGUUUGCAAGCAGAAUAAGAAUCAUAACAAUUGAAUGUUUCAGACGUGCACAGGUGUGUCAAUUCUCGCGUUACACGCACAAAUCGGCCUGUACGAGGAGGAGCGGGUAAAGCUGUACCAGAAAUUGGACGAGAAGAACGACGAGAUCCAGAAGGUGUCGCAGGAGCUCGAGAAGCUCCGACAACAGGUGCUUCUGCAAGAGGAGGCACUGCAGACGAUGCUCGAGAACGAGGAGAUCAUCCGCGAAGAGAACUCGCGCAUUCAGAAAGAGGCCGACGACAAGCAGCAGGAGGGCAAGGAGAUGAUGACGAAGAACAGGGCGAAGAACAGUCAAGAAACUUCCCACUCUUGAUGCAAGCAGUGACUGCCACUUUUCGAAGUGUCAGUCAUUAGGAUCUGAUAGAGUAGGAGGGAGGCGCAUUCCGCCGAGCACUUUGUGAGUUUGCAAGCAGAAUAAGAAUCAUAACAAUUGAAUGUUUCAGACGUGCACAGGUGUGUCAAUUCUCGCGUUACACGCACAAAUCGGCCUGUACGAGGAGGAGCGGGUAAAGCUGUACCAGAAAUUGGACGAGAAGAACGACGAGAUCCAGAAGGUGUCGCAGGAGCUCGAGAAGCUCCGACAACAGGUGCUUCUGCAAGAGGAGGCACUGCAGACGAUGCUCGAGAACGAGGAGAUCAUCCGCGAAGAGAACUCGCGCAUUCAGAAAGAGGCCGACGACAAGCAGCAGGAGGGCAAGGAGAUGAUGACGAAGAACAGGGCGAAGAACAGUCAAGAAACUUCCCACUCUUGAUGUAGCAGUGACUGCCACUUUUCGAAGUGUCAGUCAUUAGGAUCUGAUAGAGUAGGAGGGAGGCGCAUUCCGCCGAGCACUUUGUGAGUUUGCAAGCAGAAUAAGAACCAUAACAAUUGAAUGUUUCAGACGUGCACAGGUGUGUCAAUUCUCGCGUUACACGCACAAAUCGGCCUGUACGAGGAGGAGCGGGUAAAGCUGUACCAGAAAUUGGACGAGAAGGACGACGAGAUCCAGAAGGUGUCGCAGGAGCUCGAGAAGCUCCGACAACAGGUGCUUCUGCAAGAGGAGGCACUGCAGACGAUGCUCGAGAACGAGGAGAUCAUCCGCGAAGAGAACUCGCGCAUUCAGAAAGAGGCCGACGACAAGCAGCAGGAGGGCAAGGAGAUGAUGACGAAGAACAGGGCGAAGAACAGUCAAGAAACUUCCCACUCUUGAUGCAAGCAGUGACUGCCACUUUUCGAAGUGUCAGUCAUUAGGAUCUGAUAGAGUAGGAGGGAGGCGCAUUCCGCCGAGCACUUUGUGAGUUUGCAAGCAGAAUAAGAACCAUAACAAUUGAAUGUUUCAGACGUGCACAGGUGUGUCAAUUCUCGCGUUACACGCACAAAUCGGCCUGUACGAGGAGGAGCGGGUAAAGCUGUACCAGAAAUUGGACGAGAAGGACGACGAGAUCCAGAAGGUGUCGCAGGAGCUCGAGAAGCUCCGACAACAGGUGCUUCUGCAAGAGGAGGCACUGCAGACGAUGCUCGAGAACGAGGAGAUCAUCCGCGAAGAGAACUCGCGCAUUCAGAAAGAGGCCGACGACAAGCAGCAGGAGGGCAAGGAGAUGAUGACAAAGAACAGGGCGAAGAACAGUCAAGAAACUUCCCACUCUUGAUGCAAGCAGUGACUGCCACUUUUCGAAGUGUCAGUCAUUAGGAUCUGAUAGAGUAGGAGGGAGGCGCAUUCCGCCGAGCACUUUGUGAGUUUGCAAGCAGAAUAAGAACCAUAACAAUUGAAUGUUUCAGACGUGCACAGGUGUGUCAAUUCUCGCGUUACACGCACAAAUCGGCCUGUACGAGGAGGAGCGGGUAAAGCUGUACCAGAAAUUGGACGAGAAGGACGACGAGAUCCAGAAGGUGUCGCAGGAGCUCGAGAAGCUCCGACAACAGGUGCUUCUGCAAGAGGAGGCACUGCAGACGAUGCUCGAGAACGAGGAGAUCAUCCGCGAAGAGAACUCGCGCAUUCAGAAAGAGGCCGACGACAAGCAGCAGGAGGGCAAGGAGAUGAUGACGAAGAACAGGGCGAAGAACAGUCAAGAAACUUCCCACUCUUGAUGCAAGCAGUGACUGCCACUUUUCGAAGUGUCAGUCAUUAGGAUCUGAUAGAGUAGGAGGGAGGCGCAUUCCGCCGAGCACUUUGUGAGUUUGCAAGCAGAAUAAGAACCAUAACAAUUGAAUGUUUCAGACGUGCACAGGUGUGUCAAUUCUCGCGUUACACGCACAAAUCGGCCUGUACGAGGAGGAGCGGGUAAAGCUGUACCAGCAAAUUGGACGAGAAGAACGACGAGAUCCAGAAGGUGUCGCAGGAGCUCGAGAAGCUCCGACAACAGGUGCUUCUGCAAGAGGAGGCACUGCAGACGAUGCUCGAGAACGAGGAGAUCAUCCGCGAAGAGAACUCGCGCAUUCAGAAAGAGGCCGACGACAAGCAGCAGGAGGGCAAGGAGAUGAUGACGAAGAACAGGGCGAAGAACAGUCAAGAAACUUCCCACUCUUGAUGCAAGCAGUGACUGCCACUUUUCGAAGUGUCAGUCAUUAGGAUCUGAUAGAGUAGGAGGGAGGCGCAUUCCGCCGAGCACUUUGUGAGUUUGCAAGCAGAAUAAGAACCAUAACAAUUGAAUGUUUUCAGACGUGCACAGGUGUGUCAAUUCUCGCGUUACACGCACAAAUCGGCCUGUACGAGGAGGAGCGGGUAAAGCUGUACCAGCAAUUGGACGAGAAGAACGACGAGAUCCAGAAGGUGUCGCAGGAGCUCGAGAAGCUCCGACAACAGGUGCUUCUGCAAGAGGAGGCACUGCAGACGAUGCUCGAGAACGAGGAGAUCAUCCGCGAAGAGAACUCGCGCAUUCAGAAAGAGGCCGACGACAAGCAGCAGGAGGGCAAGGAGAUGAUGACGAAGAACAGGGCGAAGAACAGUCACGAAACUUCCCACUCUUGAUGUAGCAGUGACUGCCACUUUUCGAAGUGUCAGUCAUUAGGAUCUGAUAGAGUAGGAGGGAGGCGCAUUCCGCCGAGCACUUUGUGAGUUUGCAAGCAGAAUAAGAACCAUAACAAUUGAAUGUUUCAGACGUGCACAGGUGUGUCAAUUCUCGCGUUACACGCACAAAUCGGCCUGUACGAGGAGGAGCGGGUAAAGCUGUACCAGCAAAUUGGACGAGAAGAACGACGAGAUCCAGAAGGUGUCGCAGGAGCUCGAGAAGCUCCGACAACAGGUGCUUCUGCAAGAGGAGGCACUGCAGACGAUGCUCGAGAACGAGGAGAUCAUCCGCGAAGAGAACUCGCGCAUUCAGAAAGAGGCCGACGACAAGCAGCAGGAGGGCAAGGAGAUGAUGACGAAGAACAGGGCGAAGAACAGUCACGAAACUUCCCACUCUUGAUGCAAGCAGUGACUGCCACUUUUCGAAGUGUCAGUCAUUAGGAUCUGAUAGAGUAGGAGGGAGGCGCAUUUCCGCCGAGCACUUUGUGAGUUUGCAAGCAGAAUAAGAACCAUAACAAUUGAAUGUUUCAGACGUGCACAGGUGUGUCAAUUCUCGCGUUACACGCACAAAUCGGCCUGUACGAGGAGGAGCGGGUAAAGCUGUACCAGCAAUUGGACGAGAAGAACGACGAGAUCCAGAAGGUGUCGCAGGAGCUCGAGAAGCUCCGACAACAGGUGCUUCUGCAAGAGGAGGCACUGCAGACGAUGCGCGAGAACGAGGAGAUCAUCCGCGAAGAGAACUCGCGCAUUCAGAGAGAGGCCGACGACAAGCAGCAGGAGGGCAAGGAGAUGAUGACGAAGAACAGGGCGAAGAACAGUCACGAAACUUCCCACUCUUGA